GAGAAUCUGUCUCUGAGAACCUGAAGCCCUUCCUGUUGAUUCUCACUAUUUUCCCAGCAAACUUCCACCCAAGAAAGUUCCAGAAAGAACCCCCGUGGGAGACCUCCCUGCUACAGCGAAGCAGACCUCACCCACCACUACCAGUGUUAAGUCAGAACGGCCAGAGGAAGAUCCUGCCAGACUUUCCCCUGAGCUGGUCUGCAGGCCCCUGCAGCCGGGAACCUGUCCCAGGAGCCGUCCGUCCGUCCGUCGGCAAACAGAGAGCCCACAGUGCCUCGGGAAAAAUUGGCUGAAUAAAAGGGCAAUCAGGACGCCACGGCUCCGCCUGAAGCGAUGGCCCAGCCCUACCCCCCUGCCCAGUACCCCCCUCCGCCACAGAACGGCAUCCCCGCCGAGUACGCACCACCCCCUCCGCAUCCCACGCAGGACUACUCGGGCCAGACCCCGGUCCCCCCGGAGCACGGCCUGACCCUGUACACACCAGCACAGACCCACCCCGAGCAGCCGGGCACCGAGGCCAGCACACAGCCCAUCGCCGGUGCCCAGACAGUGCCGCAGACAGACGAAGCGGCACAGACGGACAGCCAGCCACUGCACCCCUCCGACCCCACAGAGAAGCAGCAGCCCAAGCGGCUACACGUCUCCAACAUCCCCUUCCGGUUCAGGGACCCCGACCUGCGGCAAAUGUUCGGGCAAUUCGGAAAAAUUUUAGACGUGGAGAUCAUUUUUAACGAGCGGGGCUCCAAGGGUUUUGGGUUUGUAACUUUUGAAACUAGCUCAGAUGCUGACCGAGCCCGGGAGAAGCUGAAUGGGACGAUCGUAGAGGGACGGAAAAUUGAGGUCAAUAAUGCCACAGCCCGUGUCAUGACCAACAAGAAGACUGCGAACCCCUACACUAACGGCUGGAAGCUAAAUCCCGUGGUAGGCGCAGUCUACGGGCCUGAAUUCUAUGCAGUGACGGGGUUCCCCUACCCCACCACGGGCACAGCCGUUGCCUACAGGGGCGCGCACCUACGGGGUCGGGGCCGGGCCGUGUAUAAUACGUUUCGGGCUGCGCCGCCCCCGCCCCCCAUCCCAACUUACGGAGCGGCGCUGGAGCAAACGCUUGUUAAAAUGCCAGUCCCAUGGGCAGGGCUGGCACCCUGCCCCCUCCCUCCUCAGCAGACACCGGAGCCGGCCUACCCCACCUCUCCAGCGUUCCCACCACUCUCUUGUCCGUUUGCUUCCAGGGUCGUGUAUCAGGAUGGCUUUUAUGGUGCUGAGAUUUAUGGGGGCUACGCAGCCUACAGAUACGCUCAGCCUGCGGCAGCCGCGGCAGCCUACAGCGACAGUUACGGCAGAGUCUAUGCAGCCGCUGACCCCUACCACCACACCAUCGGCCCCGCGGCGACCUACAGCAUCGGAACCAUGGCUAGCCUCUGCCGAGGAGGGUACAGCCGCUUCACCCCCUACUAGCAAGAGGGCCCAGCCCCUAGCAGCAUUCACACUGACUGCCCAGCACACACCAAACCCAGCAGGCCAAAGCCAGGCACAGCCACCAGGAGGACAGUGCGCCCCCCCCAGUCAGCGGCACGCGACGCCAAAGCCCAUAGGGUUCACCUCCAGCCAGCUGGUCUCCCUGCCCCUCCCGAUGGCGUGUGUGUCUUUGACCCUGGUUACCCCUGUAUGUCUGAAACCUUGCUUCCUAUUUUGACUUUGUUGACGUUGUGCCCCCAAGCCAUUUCAGGUACGGUAUGCACACAGCGGGAGGGGCUAGCCUGGGCACAAGACCCCUCCCCGAGAACUAGCAAUAGAGCCCGCCAGGGCGACCCCCUCUUCCCAUCCCCUGGGGCUCAGGGAAUGAGGAGGAGCCCACAGCCACUGUCCGUCCCCUGGGGCUCAGGGAGUGAGGAGGAGCCCCGGUCCACGGGACGCGGGGUUUCCGGCCGAGACGAUGCCCCCUCCCCGCCUUCCCCCAGCUGAUCCCCGGUGUAGCCGCAUCUGCCCUCCUCACCCCCAAACAGCUGAAACUAACAUUCCUGGUUCACGUUUCUUGAGGCCGCUUCCCGCCGAAGCAGUAACAAGCACGGUGCAGGCGGAAACGGCCACGGCCAUACGGGCCUCGGGGCUCCUUCCGUAGCCUCUGUUGUAAGCAAUGAAAGCGUAGGAAGAAAUGCCCCCGCGCACCCCCACCGAAGCCGAGGGCCCCCGGCCUGCCGUGCUCCUUCCAGCAGCGGGCUCUCCCCUCCAGCCAGGCUCCGAGGAUGGCACCUCGGCACCGCCUGAGAUGGGGUCCCGGCCAACCUGGGCACCCUGCCCCUUCCCCAGGCUUGGAAACGUCCUUUUAUCAGGGUACAUUUCAGAAGGGGCGAGCAGGGGAGGCACAGGGGGAGGCCCAUCGCCGGCCUUCUUGGCGAGACAGCACUCGAUGCCAGCCUCCCGUCCGGAGAGGCUUGGUGCUUAGGUCUGCGGCCGAGUGGCCGCACGGUGCCCAGGGCUGCGCUGGGCCCUUGGCGGGGGGGGACAUGCUGGCCGGGGUCCCGUAGGGAAUGCUGAGACAGCCCAGGUAGCCUCAUGGGGUAGGCUGCCCGGUCAGGAUGGUGCCCUGCCCCCUCCGUUGCAGGAGGAGGUGUCUCGGGCCAGGGAAGCCCAGGUCCCCUAGCGUGCCAGAGCUGGGCUGUGGGUGCCAGCUAGAGGGUGUGGGUCCCCCACCAGCCAGGACACACCGGCUCUCAGCUGCUGGACCGGGCGGAUCACGGCCUGGGUGCCGGCCCCUCACUUCCCACCUCCGGGAGCACCGCCUCCUUGCUGCCUGGCUCAAGGCCCCUUGUGGCCUGUGCCGUGCCAUCCAUCCACCAUGCCCCCCCCCGUCUUCGUCCGCCCAGAGCCAGCCAGGCCCCUGCCCUGCUCAGCUCUAGCAGAGCCCACAGGCUGCGCCCCCCAGCCCACUUCCUGUGGUUUCUGCUCCUGCCGCCCCUUCUUCGCCCCUCCCCCGCCACCGGCCCCCACGCUCUGCCCCGGAGGAGGAGGAGGAGGCCGGCUUUCGGUUCAGCUCAUGCAGGACCACCGGUUCCCGGAAGCUGGGCUUGGGGGACAGGCGGGUGGGGGGCUAGGACUUCAGGGCGGCCUGGGGCCCCGGCACCCUCCCGCCCCACCCGGCGCUCCGUCCGUCCUCACACACGCCUGCAGUUGCUUCGGUGAAACUGCA